GUUAAAAAAUGGGGGUGCUCCUUAAGGAGUUAAGCAGUGCUGUGUGUCUGAUGGGAGGUGGCGCAAUGUACUCACAGUGCAGUGAUGUCAUUGCUGGCAGGGUGUGUGUGUGUCUGAAAGCCUUUCCUGGUUGGGAAACAGAUUGAGGGUGUGGUAAGUGUGUCUCGGGUGUGACUGAGCACACAGGUGGUGCCAGGUUCCUUGUUAUACCCCUCUCACUCAGUCAUGGCUGCUUCAACUACCCCGCGGCUGGAGGACGUUGAUCACAGUGACCCAGAGGUUUUGGCCUGCGCCUCUUUCGCCCUGGAAAGCCUGUCCCACCAGGACCCCCUCCACCCACGACACUACUCCAUCACCAGGUUCCAUUCCGUCCAGAGAGCCAAUAUUGGUGGGGGCCAGUAUGACAUGGACGUGGAGGUGACAAGUUGGCCCAAGAUGAAAGAACAGCAGGAUGGGGCUUCCCCUCAAACUCCACCCUCUGAGCAACAGGUGUCCCGGUGCCACUUUGUGGUUCUGAGUGUUCCCUGGAAGAAUCAGCGGGUCCUUAUCCAAAGUUCCUGUACCCCUGUGAGCAGCACAGCUUGCACUGAUCCAACACCAUGACCAGCUUUUGUUCAGUGUCAACUGCCAAUAUACACCACUGCUCUGCCUGCAGGAGUUUUAAUGUGCUUUCAAACAAACAAAUGCAACUUUCCUGUGGUCUGAAACUGAGGAAGGCCUUGCCACUGUAACUAAUCAUGUUUUCAUCUACGGGUAAAAGAAUCAUCACAUCCACUUGACUUUCUGUUGUGAAUUUCAUGGUAAAGAUUCUGCCAGAAUUCCAAAGUCCAGUGUGUAUGGUCUGUUAUAAAAUUUCACAUAAAUACUGUAUGCUAACACCAUACCACCCACCAGUAGAGCUGUUGAGUUGGUGGGGCAAAGACAGCUCUGUCCUAGAGAGAAAGCCCACUUUCCUCAGGGGAACAAGUGUAUUUCCCUAAAACAUUGCAUGACACAUCGCUUAACACUCCAACCACAUUUAAAACCAUUUAAGAUUGGGAUUUUUUUUCAGCCUAUGGUAAAUUAUGAGUGCAGUAUAUAUAAAACAGAGGACAGUCAGACACUUUAGGAACCCAUUUCCUCUGCUGUUUUCCAUAUUUACCAGUAUGUGAACAGUCAGUUUGAAGUGGUAUAUCUACUGUCUUGUCAUAAGGGGAUUUUAUUAGAAAUACUGAAUCAUUGCCAGUUCAUUCAAGAGUGCUGUAUAGUACAUACACACAAUAGCAAUGUGAUAAGAUGGCCACAAGAUGGCAUCCAUUGCUUAGGAUGAGUCUUAAGCAAUAGCCAUUGUGAUAUAUUUUGUAUAAAAACCUGUUAAAA